CUGAUCUGCAGGGAGAUGGCUGCAUCACCAUGCGGGACUAUAAGAAGUGUGAGAGUCCUACAGGAAGGCACCAUCCGCUCCAAAUUCUCCUGCCCUACAGGUCUACUCCACUCAGCAGCCAUGAAAUUCUCCCUUAUUGCAGCCGUUGUUCUGCUUGCUCUGGCACAAGGAAGCUUUGCACAAGAUGUUUCCGAUCUUGAAAGUCUCGGUCGGUACUUUGAGGAGAUGAAGAACAAGAUGGUUCAGGACCUGACUGAGAUUAUACGCAACCAGGACCUGGCAAACCAGGCUCAGACCUUCAUUGAGGAGAAGCAAACCCAGCUGGAGCCCCUGGUCGCUCAGAUCCAGGAGCAGCUGAAGACUGUUGCCGCCAGCGUCGAGGAGCAGAUCAAGCCCCUGGCCGCCAACGUGCAGGCUCAGCUCCAGGUCGAUAACUUCAAGCAGCAAAUGGAGUCCAUCUUCCAGAAGCUGACAGAGCAGACCAAGGCCAUCGGCAACUAAGAGAGAUGCAAAUGUGCCACCACACCACCAUCUUGUAUCUGAUGGCUGGCCUGAAAGUGGAGGAAGAAGUACAACAGCCUAAGAUGUGUUUCAGUGAUUGUUGACAUUAUCGUCUCUGUCUCAAAGCACAAUUAAACUUGAAACACAA